AUGAGAUGUUCAUCGAAUGAUGAUAUUUAUCCAAUGCGUAAAAAAACAAUUAAUCGGUUUUGCUUACAAAUAUUGCCUCAAAUUCAUCAUAAAAUUCAAUGGCUCAAUAUUGAAGCAUCGUCUAUGAAACGUAUUCUUCUUUCAAAUGAAUAUCCUAAUUUAUAUGGACUUGGUCUUUAUAACGUAAAAAAACACACAAUUGAACGUCUCUUUACAGAUGAACCAUCAUUAGCUCACAUUUUGAAAACUCAAAUUUCGACACUUAUUCUCAAAAUAAGUCAAAAACAAUUUUUCUUCGAAGAUUCAAAACUAAAUAUGUUUUCAUGUGUCUUAAAUGUUUUUACUAAUUUACGUUGUUUAAAUUUUGAUCCAUGUUACUGUAUGGAGGUUGAACCUAUCACAUUUAAUUAUCAGGUCAAUCAAAAUUUUUCAUCUACAAUUCUAAGGGAACUGCAUAUGAAUGUUAAAGCUAUCGAUCAUUGUCUUUGUAUCCUGGAUGGUCGUUUCAGUCAACUUGAAAAAUUUUAUGUUAAUAUUGAUAUGAUUUCUCGUUAUACUUCAACAGUAAUCAUCAGUAAACAGUCAACUAUUUGUUUUCUUAAUCAAAUUCAUUUACCUUCAAAUGAAGAAAUCUCUCAUACAUUCUCAACUUUCAAAUAUAAUCGAGUUAUUUCUUGUGUUGAUUAUUUUCCAAAGCAAGAUAAUGGUCGAUGUCAUAUUUACUCGCAUCCAUAUACAAUGAAACAUUACAAAAAUAUCACAAAUAAUUUUCCAAGCGGAUUAUUUAAAUGUGUUCGUGAGAUAUCACUAUUUGACGAACGUCCUUUUGAGCAUGAGUUUUUUAUCCGAAUUGUUCAAGCAUUUCCAUAUCUUACGAAAUUAUCUUUAAAUAACAAAGAACCACAACAAUACAAACAAUGUCAAAAAAUAGAAGAUGAAAACAGUCAAAAAUAUUCGAUUAUCAAGUAUCCUUAUCUCACCGAAUUAAUCCUUUUCAAUGUUCAUAAUGAUUAUAUUGAACAAUUUUUAGAUGAAACAAAAACGCGUUUACCGAACAACGUUAUCUUUUGUGUCAAAUAUGAACCUUUACGAUGCGUAACACACAAUUUUACAAGAAAUACAACACGAGCCAAUUGUGCUAAAUUGAAGGACUUGUUUAUUUAUGAUAGGGACAUUGGAUAUUCUCAACAAAUUGUAACCUACUUUCCUUAUUUAAAAGCACGAUGA